AUGUCAUUCAACGGUUGGAGACUUCAAGCCGACGGGUCCUGGCGUAAGGAGCUGGGUGGCCUCGAAAAAGUUUAUCGCUUUUAUUCAACAACUAGUCUCGCGACAGGGUGCGAGCAUUGGGGGUUGUACUCCUUGUGUAAAGUCACGUAUUCUGGCUCUCUGGCUCAUGGUAUAGCCACAGCAUUGCGGGAUGCGUGGAAAGCACUGCGCAUUGAAUUUCCUGCUUUGGGGCUCGUCAUUGAUGGAUCCGAUGCUGUUUAUCGACCGAUAAACCAAGCGGGAAACGAAAAAUAUGAUAAUAUUGACUCCCUGGAACAGUUUGCGCAGGCAACCUUUUCGGUGGAGCAGAACAGGACAGUCGAGGAAAUCAUAGCCCAUUUCCCGCUAAAUGAUCUUCCAACUCUUUACUGGCUUCCACGGUCCUCAGAGUUGAUGCUUUUGAAUUCCCACUGGCGCUCAGAUGGCCUCGGUAGUGUGAUGCUUUUAAACCGGUUCCUCGAGCUCGUCGUUGACCCCUCUGAAGUUUUACAGGGUCAGUGUGGCCAUGUCGAUACGGAAAUAGCGAGGAUAUCCCCAAGUUUAGAAGAUGCAGUCGGUACACCCUUGGUUCCAACACCUAAGAUUCUUGAAACAGCAAGCCAAACUGGCAAACUGUUUAGAGAAAAGUCAAUGAAAUCAUUUGGGGUUCCGUUCAAAGGUGACACGACCACUUCGCCUGGAAAUACUGCUAUUGAGGCUACCGUGUAUACACCAGAGAGCUCCAAAGCCCUGUUUGAUGCAUGCAAAGCAAGGAAAAUCACGGUCUCCGCAGCCAUUCAUACCGCACUUGCACAAACAGUGUUUGAGUUGACAUCUGUGGAAAAUGCCACCGAAUAUGCAACCAUAAUGGCGGUGAACAUGCGGCCUUACGUCGAAAAGCCCUACAAUGCAUCCGAGCAUGCCUGUCGCACAUAUGUCACAAGCAUUACACCAACUGUACAGCGAGGCGCCAGUUUUCAUGACUCCACUACUUCUCUCACGCAGCUCUUUAAGAAUUGGUAUUCGAAGGAAUUUUCACAGGCCCUGCGUGAAAUUUACCAGGGCGCCUCUCGUGCUCUUCUUUCGCCACCGCCUAAAUCAGCUGGGCCACCACCAAACCCGCCUAGUGGGAUUGUGCACAGCAACCUAGGUGUCGUUGAUAGAUUCUUGGGUACGCAAUUUGGAGAUGGAGCAAUCCAAGUUACCAAGUUUAGAUUUGGUGUCAGCAUAAUGAACAGACAAAUGCUAUUGUAUCCGUGGUCUUUUCGGGGUGAAUUGAACUUGUCAAUCAACUACAAUGACGCUUUUUACGAUGCGUCCGCGCCGCAGCAGGUGCUUGGGGGUAUUCAAGAAAAGCUGGAGAGGGAGCUUGGAAUCAAAUUGGAACGAUGUGCGUCUUGA